AAAGAACUUCACGAAGUUAAUUCAUGCUCCUCCUCCGCCCUUCAGAUCGCCAUGGCUCGGCUUGAAGACGAGUUUCGUAACAUCCUCCUUUCAAAUACUUAUCCAAUUGAAAAUGAGUCACUCACCGAGUUCAGUAACUCGUCCACGCAUCAUUCAAUAAGUUCUACUUCGGAAGGCAGUGAGUUUAUUAGCUCGAACUCGGAGGAAGUGGAAUUUAAGGACGAUAUUGAGGGGAGUCUUGUUAAACAGUUGGAGCAUCUAGAGAGCACUAGUAGCUGUACAAGCUCUAGUUACAAGUCUACGAGUAGUAUUCGGGAGGUAGAUCUCGUACCAACUGAAACUAUCUACGAUCUGCGUUGUAUAGCGGAGCGAAUGAUUGCUGCCGGGUACUUGAGGGAGUGUAUUCAGGUAUACGGAAGCGUACGAAAAUCUGCUGUGGACGCGAGCCUCAAGAAGCUAGGAAUCGAGAAAUUGAGCAUCGGGGAUAUACAGAGGCUUGAGUGGGAGAUUCUGGAGACGAAGAUCCGGAGGUGGAUUCGAGCUUCGAAAAUCUGUGUUCGGGUUCUUUUUGCGAGUGAGAAGAUGCAGUGCAAGCAAAUAUUUGAAGGUUUGGGUACUUCUACUGAUGAUGCUUGUUUUAUGGAAACCAUUAAAGGUCCUGCAGCUCAGUUGUUUAAUUUUGCGGAAGCAAUUAGUAUUAGUAGAAGAUCACCUGAGAAAUUGUUUAAGAUGUUGGAUCUUCAUGAUGCUUUGUCUGAUUUAUUGCCUGAUAUUGAAAUUGUAUUCGAGUCGAAAUCCACCGAAUCGAUUAGGGUCGGGGCGGUUGAGAUAUUGUCUAGGUUGGCCGAGGCCUCGAGAGGGAUACUAUCAGAAUUUGAGAAUAGGGUUCUUCAGGAGCCAUCAAGAGUUCAGGUGCCAGGAGGGACUCUUCAUCCCUUGACUAGAUAUGUGAUGAAUUAUAUUAGUUUGAUAUCGGAUUAUAAGCAGACUUUGCUUGAAUUAAUUGUAUCUAAGCCCUCGACUGGUUCGAGAUACUCAGGGGAUAUGAACAUGCCAGAUAUGGAUUUCUUGGAGUUUGAGGGAGAGGUAACCCCAUUGUCUCUUCAUUUGAUUUGGAUAAUUGUGAUUUUGCAGUUUAAUUUGGAGGAUAAAUCUAAGCAUUAUAAGGAUGCAUCCUUAUCUCACUUGUUUAUCAUGAAUAAUGUUCAUUAUAUUGUUCAAAAGAUAAAAGGGUCGCCUGAGUUGAGGGAGAUGAUUGGGGACGAGUAUCUGAAAAAGUUGACUGGGAAAUACCGGUUAGCCGCGACUAGUUACCAGCGGUCGACCUUAAUGAAGGUCUUGUAUUGCUUGAGAGAUGAGGGACUGCAUGUGAGUGGGAGUUUUUCAUCUGGUGUGUCCAAGAGUGCUUUGAGAGAGAGGUUUAAGGCGUUCAAUGGUAUGUUUGAGGAGGUGCACAAGACUCAGGCCACUUGGAUGGUACCCGACCCUCAGCUCCGCGAGGAGCUUAGGAUUUCCAUAGCCGAUAAGGUUAUUCCGGCUUAUAGAUCUUUUCUUGGACGAUUUGGAUGCCAUAUUGAGAGUGGAAGGCACCCGGAGAAUUACAUCAAAUACUCGGUAGAGGACCUUGAGAAUGCAGUCCUGGAUUUCUUUGAGGGACACCCGGUGUCCCUUCAAUUAAGGAGAUCUCAAUAAGCGGAAUGAAAUUGAGUUUUCCCCCUUACCGUGUAGGAAAUCAUUCUUUGUAUUCUUUGUGGAGCGUCCAGGAGGAGGUUCUGGUUUCUUCAAUAUUAGCUGAGGUUGUGAUUCUUUUAAGAGAUCAGCACAUAAAUUUCUCACAGUGGAUAUCAAGCAACAGUAUAACCAAUUCUAACUCUUUUGGGGUAGCCAUUGCUUCUCUUCCUGAAUGCUUCUGCCUGUAAGCAUGUCUUGUUUGUACUUUCUCAGUUUUUAUUUUUGUUUCAUUUGUUUAUAUGACUAUCGUUGUAUUUGUGUUACUUCUUAAAUAUUCACAGUCGAAAUAAUAGAAUUUAGAUGAAUAUUGACGAUUUUAAGCAAUCCCAGAACAAUGUGCUCGGAAAUGUUAAAUCUUAGAAACAAGUAUCUUGUGUGGUUC